AUGAAGGGCAGCGUGAGGGGCGUGAAGCCGUCCCUGUGGAGCAAUGUCAGGGCUGACCUCAGCACCUGGGCAUCUGCGCCGCGGGAUUCGUCUAGCGGCCCAAAAUUUCGCUUUUGGCUGCAAGUCAGCAUCCGGUCAAGCGACCAUGCAGAUCCACUAGAGAGAAGAGUAGUCGCCGCUGACCCUUAUUCCCCUGCGCACGCCGCGGUAUCGGCCGUUGGGAUGCACGCUGACUCGGCUGGAGCCACUCCCAUUGCUCGAUUAAACUCCAGGUACAGUCAGGAAUGCAGGGCACAACCAGGGACCGGCGUGGGGUCUACUACGCUCCUCAGCUGGCAGCAGCUCGUAGAUCCGCGGCGAACUCUGACUCAGACAACCGCCCAGCAAGCGCUGAGCCAUCCAGUGCGGGCUUACGUCUGUCGGCAAAACUUCACCCACCUGGCCACCUGGCACAAGACCGCUGCGACACCUGGGACCACACCUGCCCCUCUAGCGCGGAUUUGGGUCGGUCGAGCCCCGCGCCGAGUCCCAAACCGAUACGAGUCGCUGCCUACCCUUCGAGCAGGACCCAAACCCAACAAAAGUAGUGCCAGAAGCGGAUCCCCUCUCCUCCCCACUCAACUCUCUUUUCACCACCCCCGUCCACCGUACUCAGACGACCGAGGACAGAUACGGCCCACCCCCUCCUUGCCUGUCACCUCCUCUCGACACUUGGCGGCAACACGCUCCGACCUUCCGACCACUCACUUCCUUCCUCUUUUUCCACCGACACAUCCCCAUCCGCCGACAACCACCACGACAAUGUUCGGCUUCUCGUCCGACAAGAAGUCUGACGGCGGCGGCACGACUGUCGAGCCGGCGUACCCGGCCACUGACGUUGAGAAGUCGUCGCCGGCGCCCUACGACCCGAAUGAGCUGAACGAGCGCGGCGAGAUCGAGGGCGGAGUCAAGCGUCAGCUCAAGCCCCGUCACAUGGCCAUGAUUGCCAUCGGUGGAUCCAUCGGAACUGGUCUUUUCGUCGGAUCAGGCGAGGCGCUCGCCAACGGAGGCCCCGUCGCUAUCUGGCUCGCAUACUGCCUCAUGGGCACGAUGGUGUACGGCAUGAUGGUCUCGCUCGGAGAGAUGGCGACGCUGUUCCCCGUCGCCGGCGCGUUCACGCACUACGCGACUCGUUUUGUGGACCCGGCUCUUGGUUUCGCUACCGGAUUCAACUACUGGUACUCAUGGGCCAUCACGCUCCCGACCGAGCUCGUCGCCGUCGCGAUCAUCAUCGCUUACUGGGACGCGGACACGAACCCGGCUGUGUGGAUCACCGUGUUCAUGGUCGUGUGCUGGAUUGUCAACUUCUUCGGUGCCCGCGCAUACGGUGAGACCGAGUUCUGGCUCUCGACGAUCAAGGUCAUCACCAUUGUCGGUCUGAUCAUCCUCGGUCUCGUUCUCAUGUGCGGUGGUGGCCCGACCCACGACCCCAUUGGAUUCCGAUACUGGCGCAACCCGGGUCCGUUCAACCAGAUCACGAUCGAUGGUGGAGAAGGCGUGAUUCCAGGACACUGGGGCCAGUUCCUUGCCUUCUGGUCGAUUCUUGUCCAGUCCGCGUUCUCGUUCAUCGGUACCGAGAUCCUGGGUACGACGCUUGGUGAGGCGCAGAACCCGCGCAAGUCGGUUCCCAAGGCUAUCCGCCGCGUCUUCUUCCGUAUCCUCCUCUUCUACGUCCUCGGCAUCUUCUUCAUCUCGGUCCUUGUCCCUUACAACGACCCCCGUCUGCUCGGCGGUACCGGUGACGCCUCGUCUUCGCCCUGGGUCAUUGCCAUUGACAAUGCCAAGAUCAAGGUCCUGCCCCACAUUGUCAACGCCGUCAUCCUCUCCGCCGCCUUCUCGGCCGGUAUCUCGGACGUCUACGCCGCCUCGCGUACCUUCUACGCGCUCGCGCUCGAGGGACAGAUGCCCAAGAUGUUCCGCUACUGCACCAAGCGCGGCCUGCCCAUCAACGCCAUCAUCAUCACGUGUCUCUUUGGCCCGCUCGCGUACCUGAACACGGGCGGAGAGAAGGCGCAGGAGGCGUUCAACUGGCUGUACAACCUCGCCGCGAUCGCCGGUAUCGGCACCUGGUGGACGAUCCUCGUCUCGUACCUCCGCUUCUACUACGGCAUGAAAGUGCAGGGCCUCUCGCGCAACGACCUCCCCUACAAGGCGCCCCUCAUGCCGUACCUGGCGUGGUACUCGCUGAUCUGGUUCACGCUCAUCCUGCUCUUCAACGGCUUCCCCGUCUUCCUCAAGGGCAACUGGGACACGUCGUCCUUCUUCGCCGCCUACAUCUCCAUCCCCAUCUUCAUCUUCGCGUACGUCAUCUGGAAGGUCGUUAAGCGCACACACACCGUGCCCCUCAAGGACAUUGACUUCCACACCGGCCGCCGCGCACUCGACACCAUGGAGCAGGAGGACGAGAUGACCUACAAGCCCGAGGGAUGGGUCCAGAAGUUCUUCGCCUUGCUCUUCUAA